AUGAAGAUGGGGAAGUUUUUUGGAAUCAUCUUUUUCUGUGGCCUCCUCUUCCCCUGUCGGGAAGUCCUGUCUGGUCUGUCCUGUGCUGUCAGCCCCAGGGCCAUGCAGAAUGUGCUCUCUGAUGCCAUCCUGCAGAACGGGCUCCUCCAGCAGCACCUCCAGGGCCUGGUGCUCCCAAACAUCAUGGGUGAUGGGGGGCUGCUGUCCUCUCCCACCAGCAUCACGGGGCUCCACCUGGUGAAGGUUCGGCUGCCCAGGCUCUCUGUGGUGCUGCUGCCUGGCAUCGGGGUCCAGCUGACUGUCACUGCCAAGCUGGAGCUGAGUGGCAACUGCCUGGUUGGCCUUCUUUCAGAUCUAAUUGACAUCUUAGUGGAUGUGAACAUUACUGCAAACAUUAAAUGCACAAAUUUUGAGUCCAGCACAGUCCAGGUCAUCAUUGAAGACUGCCUGUGCGUUCUCGGUGCCAUAAAGAUCAAGCUCCUCUCUGGCUUACUCUCACUAUCAGUGAAUGAUAUAGUGCUUAACAAGCUGACAGCAACUCUGCCUGGCUUGCUGUGUCCAGUGGUUGACAUUGUCAUCAACCUUGUGAACAUCCAGCUCAUGGGGACUCUCAAUGCUGUGAUCCCAGUUGGCACGGCAGGAACCAUCCACUACCAGCUGGCCAGCCUGCCCUUCACCUCUGGCUUGUUCCUGGGGCUGGAUUUAGAUGGUGCGGUGCAGCAGGUGGGAGGCAGCAUCAUCCCCCACGACUCAUCCCCCUCCGCUUUGCCUCCACUGCUGGACAAGCUCCUGGUCCUGGGGCUGCCCCAGAGCUUCCUGACUGCAGUCCUGUCCCUCCUGCUCCAGAUCCCACCCCAGACCUUCCCCUGCACGCCAGAGGCAUUCUCGGGUGCCAGACACCUGCAAGAAGCCAUCACAGCCCUUGUUCCUUCUGGGUGCUCUGUCUGCCGUGGGAGCAGCGCUCUGAGCAUCAGGAUAACGUUGGCUGGGAAACCUCUCAUCCUCUUGGAAGAAAACAAAGCCACGGUCAGGCUCUCCGUCAUGAUCCAGGUGUUUGUUAAGCGUUUGGAUGGGUCCAUCCUCAACCUCCUGCUACUGAAGGCUGACCUGGGUCUGAACGCCCGCGUGUCGAUUGCUGGGGGCAGACUGGUGCUGGGCUUGUCCCUGGGCAGCACUUCCCUCUCCUUGGAGUCUUCUGAUGUUGGCAUCAGUAACAUCUCAAGCUUGAAGCCACACUUCAGUGGGCUGCUGGUGGACACCUUCCUGCCCCUCAUGAACGCUGCUCUGAGCAUCGGGAUCCCUCUGCCAAACGUGUUGGGCAUUCCCCUGCUGAAGGUGGAGAUCCAGAUCCUGGCAGGCCUGCUGGUGAUUCUGGCCUGAGCCAGGGAGCACGAGGCAAGGAGAGAGCUUUGUGGACAGAGA